AGAGAGAUAAUUAGUUAUGGCGUCCGCUUCCAAACUGAUUAUGGUUGCAACCGUCGUUAUGGUUAUCAGCCUCGCCGUUAUAAUAUCCCUCUUACUACUCUUACUCGCCGAUCUCUACUGUUCUCUCUUACUUAACCGCCGCCGUCAACGCCACCGCCGCCACCUCUCCACCUCCGUCAACCGCCAAUCCAUUUCUUCUUCUCCUCUCCAAGGCUUAUUCUCACCUCCACAGCCUCUCAGAACCCAUUUCUACUCUCAAGGCGUCCUUCAACCUCCAAGAAACCUAUUAUUCCCUUCCAUUCCCGCCGGAAACCUCGCCGGAGCCGGUGGAUCUGAUAUAGAGAGUCGGCAUUUCCAACUUGUUCAUUUCUUAAAACCAAUUCAAAAUGAUGAUGAGGUUCCUGUUUCUAGAUCUAACGAGGAAGUAGACGAAGCUCGUGAAUUGGAAGAUUUAGUUUACAUAUCGAAUCCAAUGUAUGAUAACGGUGGAGCGGCGGCGGCGGAAAGUGAGGCGGCGGCGGUGGAUACUCCGUUCGAGACGCCGGAAACGUCGCCGUCGAAUUUAGGUAAUAUUUCAGGGGAAGAAGAUGGUAAUAAUACUCCGCCGUUGACGGCAAUAAAGGUGCCGGAGAAGGCGUGUUCUGUUUCAAUGAAAGAAGGACGGUUUAUGGUGAGCUCUGGUAGUGAAUCUAUGUCUUCUUCUUCCUCAACGGGAACUCCAUGUACUUCUCCUUCAUGGUAGAUUGAUUAAAUCAAUCU